UCCCUUCAUUCAUCAGGCCGUUUCCUGAAGCCAUUUCUAGACGGGCGAAACGAGAGUUGCGCUACUUUUUAAUCCGCUGCAUCUGCCUAAAUGCACUUUUAUAGGAAAAAAUACUUUACAGUAGUCGAUAAAUCAGACUUUGAAGUGUACUUUGGUCUGAUUAUUUUUUUAAUUUUCGCCACGGAUUAGUAGAAAUACGGUCUUAAAAGUACAGGGACGAGAAAGAGGUUACCCCGAAUACGCAAGAUGAGAAGAGGGAUCUCCUCGGCUCCGGAUAAAGUGAUUUUAGCGGGGGUUGGGGGCUCUCAUUUGGACAACAAUAUAAUUUUAACAACUUUAGCGGAUCGUUUGAAUCCUGGACAAUCAAAUGCAACUUAUAUUCAAAUAAUUACGACCCCACCGCCUUGCAACGGCACACAGACAUCAAAUGUGUGUUUAUCCGAACCUCAGAUAAACAACCUCUAUACAACUCCACAACAAGCUGCAAACGGGACAGGACAACGGCCUACUCUCGGAAGACCACCGGCUAAAAGACGACUUGCCUUAGAUGACUCGGAUCACCAAUACCAGACGGAUGUAGUCAGAACGCCAAGAGGCAGAGGAGCGUCGGCCUCCAAUGGAGCAGGCCUAAAGACACCCAGAACACCAAAGUCGCCACCAGAGAAGACGCGGUAUGACACAUCCCUUGGCUUAUUAACAAAAAAGUUUGUAGAUCUGUUGGCUCAGUCUUCCGAUGGCGUGCUGGACCUUAACAUUGCUGCUGAAACAUUGCAGGUCCAGAAAAGGCGUCUGUAUGACAUCACUAAUGUAUUGGAGGGUAUUCACCUCAUCAAGAAGAAAUCCAAAAAUAACAUUCAGUGGAUGGGGUGCAGCCUGCUGGAGGUAGAAGGAGCACUGAGCCAAAGACAGAUCCUGACUGCAGAAGUCUCUGCACUAGCAGAAGAAGAACAAAGACUUGAACAGCUGAUCCAGAGGUGCUCUCUGGACAUGAGACACAUGAGUGAAUUGCCAAGUAACCAGAAAUAUGCAUAUGUAACAUAUCAAGACAUCAAGGAGAUAGGAAGUCUCAAGGACCAGACGGUCAUUGUUGUCAAAGCUCCUACAGAUACCAAACUGGAAGUGCCAGAUCCAGAUGAGAGUUUAUCUAUCCAUCUGACAAGCACCAAGGGUCCCAUUGAUGUGCUGCUAUGUCCAGAUGAGGAGAUGGAUCCCCGAAGCCCUGUCAAAAGCUGCAACAUGGACAUUAAUGGGAAUUCACCUUUUCUUAAAGUCCUUCAGGAUUCAAACUCGACUUCCAGCUCCUCUUUGGCUCCACCUUCUGCCUCGGCUGUUUCUGUCACCACUCUGUCCCCCAUCUCGUCGCCAUACACCAGUCUGCUCCAGCAGACAGAAGACCAGAUCCCCUCUGCCCUAGGACCAUUUCUAAAUCUUGGACCACCACUGGACCAGGAUGACUACUUGUUAGGUUUGGGAGAUGACCAGGGAAUUAGUGACUUGUUUGAUGACUUUGAUAGGAUGCCUUCUCUUGUUCUAGAUGAUCUUUUGUGUAGCUAGCGUUUGCUUAAAAGUUUUACAAGUGCAUGUUGACUGCAGUCUGUAGUCACCUGAAAGAACUUGUCACAUUUAUCAAAACAAUUGCUCAAAUGGGUAUCUCAGGCUAAGGGUACAUGAAUAAUAUAACAGCAAAAGUCAAUACGUUUUUACACUGAAAAUGUCAAAGUUAAACACCACAGCCACAUGUCUAAAGUGUAUUUUGUAAAAAAUAUGUGGCAUCUGUGAUGUGGUACUGUGUGAUGCCAGUUAAGUUUGAGUUUUAUCACCAAUGAUUUUGAUGAUUGAAGGUAAUGAUGCUCUGUCAACACUUAAAUUUGAUACAUUUUUAAAAACACAAACACUCAUAAAUUCCAUCGGAAGGGCCACUGUGUCAACGGUACCAUAAUAGUUUUACUGUCUACUACAAACAAGAAAUAUUCUAAGUCAUCAAAGGGAUGGUUUCUCAAAUUCAUGUGGAAACAAAAUGCAACAUUUUGGUUACGGUUUUCUAAAUUGGAUUUACAUUGUACCCUUUUACAAUUUAAAUUCCAAUGAAUGGUCAGAUGAUUGCAUGCAUAUCUAUCACUGAAAAUCAGACAAGGGAUUUUGCCAUUAGAUUUUUUUUGAUGCCAUUUAUGAAAUGAAAAGGAUUUUAAAAAGGUACCAGUAGCACCCUUUAGAUAUGCCAUGAUAAUUUCUGACCUAAACACUUGCUGUUGUAUAGUGCCCCAUUCUUUUAAUCACCGUUUGCUGUCAAUUUCAUGUUGCUUGUGCUAUGAAUUACACUGCGGUAUGAAAUGUGUUGAUUUUGAUGCACCUUACCCACUGUGUAGAAGUGAAAAUACAGGAUGCCUGUUAAUUUUAACUCCACUGCAAAACUGUUGUCAGCAUUUGCCUCCCAAUGUUUAAAAAUUGAACAUGUGCACAUGGAAAAAUGUUCUUAUGUGGUAAAUAAUCCAGUGUUUUAACUGCCUGGUAAAUGACAUUUGCUGUAAGCAUAAGAAUCUUGACCCCUAGAAUCUGCCCCUAGAGGGCACAGUGCUGCUGGAUAACUUAACCCAACCCUUAAUGAUGUGUGUUUUAAGCGUGAGAGAUUUCUCAAGGAGCCUAGCCUGCCCUUGUUGGCUGGUUAUGUGAAAAUGUACAGUUUGCUAAUUUUUCAGUGCACAAGGUACUAUAGGCUACCUCUAACUACAUUAGUGCUAGGCAUAGAGGGACAUGGCAGAUGAGUUCUUGAACUGUUGGUCACACAUAGUUGAUCAGGAAUUGUAGAUGUUUUGUGUUCUUAAACGCCUUUAAAUGUUUUCGUAUGUUUUGAAAUUCAAAAUCAGUUUUCUCAUGUAAAAAGUUAACUAUUCUGUAUAACAUUUUCACCAAAAUAAUUAUUAUCCAACAGUCUUCCAGUGGUCAGUAAGUCUAUCAAAUCCUAUUUUACACCUAUUUUACAACUAACACAGGGUUUCUGACUUGAUGUGUCGGGAGCUUUUACUUGUGACACUAUGUGUUAAAGUUUCUUUCCUUUUCUCUCCCAAGUGCACUAAUUUUGGUGUACUGUCAAAGAUGACAGAAAUUAUACCACUGAAUGGUGACUAGAAUGAAAACUUAUUCAAAGAUUUUUUACUGCAGGCGUAUUUAUAACGGUUAUGUUUUGUAUUUAUAAAAAAAAAAACACGUUUAGUAUUCCCCAUUGAACUAACCACAAAUGCUAUUUUGUAAAACAAUUUCCUUAAAUGUUUUCUUUGACCGAACAGAAUCUGUUCAGAAUAUUUUAUCUUGUUUUGACUGUAAUUUCUGGAGAGAUUAUACCUUUCCAAAUGUUAAUAAUGCAAUGUUAAUGUUUUAUUGUAGCGCAGGUGCCUAUGCCAGCCAUAGUCUGACAGAGUCUGAAAAUGUAAUGAAUGACUGUAGUUCCUGAUCUUCAAAUCUAAUUCUGGCAUUUGGUUCAAUAAUGAUGAAUGUGUUGUAUAUCAAGUAAAUUGCUGAAUAAUAUCUGGCAUUUUCCCUAUAUUUCUGAGCUGUUACCAAAUACCAUGACAUGCAUCUCCUACGUAACUGCUUAUUUGAAAUGUAAAGUUAAUAGGAUCUUAUUGCAAAUUUGUGACAAUUUUAAUGUUGCUAUCUUGAAACAUUUGUCACAAUCUAAUUGCAAAUUGAGUGCACGAGUGAGUCAAUGUGUAAAGGGUAAACUAAUUGUGUGUUAAUUCAAAUGUGUUUAAACAUCUGUCAAUAUGUAUUUCAAUUUAUUUUGGAGUACGGGUGGGAAAAACACUUUUGUAUACUUAGCUGUUUGUAAUGGUAAUUUUGAAUAAAGACUCUGCAAGUUAA